UUUUUUUUUUUUCUUUUUUUUUCCCCCUAAGGUUGGGAAGCAAGAUUACGCGCAAGGACAGCAAAUAAAACAGAACCUAAACAAAAAAACGCGCCGCCUUUCACUGAGGGGGAAUCCGCUGCUCUUCCGUGCAGGAGCACCUCGGACUCGCGUGGAUUCGCCGUCAAAAGGAGAAAACAGAGCAAGAUGUCAGCCAGAGGAGGAAAGAAGAAGGCCACCAAGCUGUCCCGUUCAGCCAGGGCGGGUGUCAUCUUCCCUGUGGGGAGGAUGAUGAGGUACCUGCGCACUGGCACGCACAAAUACCGCAUUGGCAUGGGGGCGCCUGUCUACAUGGCAGCUGUCAUCGAGUACCUGGCAGCCGAGAUCUUGGAGUUGGCAGGAAACGCAGCACGGGACAACAAGAAAGGCAGAAUAACUCCCAGGCACAUCAAGCUGGCCGUGGCCAACGACGAGGAGCUCAACCAGCUUCUGCGGGGGGUCACCAUAUCAAACGGAGGCGUUCUGCCUCGCAUCCACCCAGAGCUGCUCUCGAAGAAGAGGGGAGGCCGGGUGAAAACGGACAGCCAGUCGUCCGUCCCCGAGAAACAGGAAGAGCGCUCCAAGAGCAAGAAACCUGCCAAAAUCAUCAAGAAGGUUAAAGGCAAACGAGGACGAAAGCCAAAGAGCAUAGACAACGACAAAGAGUCCGUACCAAACUCCACAGCUGAAGACGGUCCUGGAGACGGAUUCACCAUCCUGUCAGCAAAGAGCCUGUUCCUCGGACAGAAGCUUUCACUAACAGAGAGUGAAAUCAGCAAAAUCGGAACAAUCAAGGUGGAAGGGAUAAUUAAUCCAACCAACGCAGAGAUGGACCUCAAAGACGGAGUGGGCAACGCCCUGGAGAAAGCCGGAGGCCGAGAGUUCCUGGAGGGAGUGAAGGAGCUGCGGAAAGCACAGGGGCCUUUGGAGGUGGCAUCAGUGGCAGUGAGCCAGGCCAGUGGGAUGGCAGCUCGCUUCAUCAUCCACUGUAACGUCCCUCAGUGGGGGUCUGAGAAGUGCGAAGACCAGCUAGAGAAGACGGUGAAGAACUGUCUCUCAGCAGCAGAGGACAAGAAGCUCAAGUCUGUCGCUUUCCCUUCACUUCCUGCUGGACGGAACGGAUUCCCAAAGCAAACAGCCGCCCAGCUCAUCCUCAAGGCUAUCUCCAACCAUUUUGUGUCGUCCACCAGCUCCUCUCUGAAAAACAUUUACUUUGUUCUGUUUGACAGUGAGAGCAUUGGAAUAUACCUUCAGGAAAUGGCAAAGCUGGACGCCAAGUGAGGCUUCUUGUUUUAGGGUUUGUUUGUUUGGGGGUUUUUUUUUUGUUUUGUUUUUUUUUUUCUAAAUGUUGUUUGUUGCUGACGGUGUAGAUAGGCGAUAUGACCGUAGGGAUUUUGGUUCCGUCUUGGUUAAACAAGGAAAAAAGAAAAAAAGAAAAAAAAAAACUAUGUGUGAGUGAAGUGCUGUUUCACGUUUUUAUCCCACUGUCCCUUCAACAGUA